GAAGGAGAUUAUAGGAGAGAGGGAAGUGUAGCUUUCAUCACACCUGCGAUAUAGAAGAACAUUGGGAUAGCUGUGUACAAACAGAAUAGAAUCAUGUGUCUCCAUUUGUACUUUUUGUGAGAACCGAGUGUACCACCUCAUCUGACACGAUGGAUAGCAGAUGUUAUGGCUGUGCAUCAAAGUUUACUGUCUUCAAGAAACAGUGUGGAUGCAAGAAUUGUGGCCGAGCAUUUUGCUCAGGCUGCCUUGGGUUCAGUGCCAUUGUCCCCCGUUGUGGAAAUACUCAGCAGAAGGUUUGCAAGCAAUGUCACGGAGAAUUAACAAGUGGGCCUUCUCAGUCAAGUACAGCUAAAUGGUCUCCACCAGAGAACUACAAAAAGCGAGUAGCAGCCCUCGAGGCCAAACAGAACCGUCCACAGGGCUUUCAGAAGGGCUUGGUGAAAUCCCAGAGCCAGACAGACUCCAGAUAUCGAGGGCUAUCAAAAGAGGAUCGAGUUAUAGCAGAGAGACUGGAGAGGCUCAAGAAGGAAAUAAGACCCAAGUCCAUUCCUUCUCAGGCUGAGAUAGAGUCUAGGCUGGCAGCACUGAAAGAUGACCCUGCAAAAGCCAUUCCGUCGGCCCAGGAGAUGGAAGAUCGUCUGGCUGCCUUGCAGGGCAGGGCACCUCCCUCCACAGCUCCCAGGCCAGUACACCAGCUCCCUAAUACCAGGACCCAGGCCGAGCAGUCGGAUGACCUGCUGAAUCAGAUGACUGAGGAAGUUGCCAUUGACGAGAGUGGCGGCUCAGGAAUUAUGCCUCAAGAAAUUAGGACACAGACUUUGAAUGACUUAAAUCGAACUGACAGUAACUCUGGCAUUAUGGAUCUGGAUCCCAAACAAUUGGAGGAGGAGAAAAAUAGACUUCUGACAGAGGCUGCCGCUGAGCUGAGGGAGGAAAACACCAGGCAGGAGAAGAUUCUAGAAGUGGCUAAGCGAUUGGCAGCACUAAGAGGCCAAGAUCCUGAGAAGGUUACUUUGGAUGACUACAAACUCCCCAAUAGUGAUGAAGAAAUGGAGGAGGAGGAAGCCAUUCAGAGAGUUUUGAAACAGCUUACUGAGGAAGCUGCUCUGGAUGAAGCAAGUGGCUUCAACAUUUCCCCAGAUCAACCCACCCAGCCAGUAACUGCACAACAAAAAACAGCCAAGAAAACCAAGCAGGCACAAGCUCCAGCUGUUGCUAAAUCCCUUGUCUUGCCUGCAAAAGCAUCAGACAGUGAUGAGGAAGAGUUACCCUGGUGCUGUAUCUGCAACGAAGAUGCCACACUGCGGUGCCAUGGCUGUGAUGAUGACCUCUACUGCCAGCGAUGCUUCAAGGAAGGCCAUGAUGAGUUUGAUCUGAAGGAGCACCAAACAUCAAGCUAUCACCCUCCCCGUAAACAAAAAUGACCUCCCUCUGAAGGUGGGAAGAAUAUGGGUAUGAAAUGGGAGGAAAAAGAAGAGAAGGUGUUCAGAAAGGCUUUGCCAUAGCAACAAGAACAGGUCGCUUAUUGGACUAUGAAAGGCAACUUGGUAACGCUGAAAAGUUUGGAGGGCUCACCAUUGUUCCUAGCGAGAUCAAGGCACAUUUUCUGCGAGUUCUUAUGUGAGGCUAUGUGAUGCACUGAAACUGGUUUGCUUUGUGAGUAAGUCGAGAAGAUUAGGGGAUGAAGAAUGACAUGCUUAGUGAGGUGGGUUAUUUUGCAUAUCAUGACUCUCUGACAGGAUGAGAUAUACAGUGAGAAUAUUGCAAAGGUAAUAAAUUAUACAAAGAGAAAAAUGUGGUGAAGUUUUGCUCAGUUUGUUCUAUUUACCCAGUUUCUCACCUACAGAAGAACUAGAUCUAGGGUCUUGUACUUCAUCUCUUUUUAAAAAAUGCUUUUAGUUGAUUCUAUAGCACUUUUCAAAAGAAUGUCCUUUGCUGUUCUUCCUCACAAUAAUGUGUUGAUGUAGGUGACUUUCCCAUGUUUCUUCCCAAAGAACUUCCUGGCUGAGCUGGGAUUUCGACCUGUGUCAUCCAUAUUCCAACAUACCUCUCACUGUCCCUCCAUGUCAGAGAAUGCAGUGAGUGUUUUUGUCUUUACUGGAUAUAAUAAAUGCUUGCAGGGGACCAAACAGAUUAUGAAAUGCUCUCUUUCCAGCUUGAUAUCUGCAAAGUGGCCUUGUUGAUCUCAAAAUCCAGCUGUGUACAUGCCUUUGUUUUUUUCAUUUAUGCCAAUCCUCGGCUGAGACAGGAACAUCACGUUGUUGUUGUUGGUGUUGGUGGUGUUUUACAAAAUGUGGGCACUUGAGAAACCAUGUUGAGAUUGAGACUUAUUAAAUAUUAUUUAUUU